CUCCUCCGUCCCAGAAUCCCUCAGCGGGCGUGGUGAACAAUCCGCGGGAGCUGAAGUGACCCUCGAGUAACGGGAUGGCGAGCGUCGUAUCUCUGGGUUUGUUCGGUAGGAGAUUCGGGGGGUUGCUCAAUAGCUGCUCCUGGCCGUCUGUGAGCAGUGUAUGUUCAGUAUUAAGAAAACUGUCAUUGGAUAACACCUCCUCUACCCCUCCGAAGCGGCCACUCAAUGCUUACCUGCGCUAUGUGGUGGAACAGCAACAGGUUUUAUUUAAACAAAAUCCAGGUGUAAAGGUGGCAGAAAAGACUAAGUGGAUUGCUCAGGCAUGGAGACAGUUAACGCCGGAUCAGAAGCAACCAUAUGAAAUUGCAGCAAAUGAUGCCAGAUUGAAAUAUAAAGUGGAACUGGCAGCCUUCAAAGCUAAACUCACUCCAGCUCAACUGGCCAGCUUGAAAGAAGAGAGGAGACAAAAACUGGCCAAACGGAGAACAAUAAGGAAAAAACGAAAGCUUACUAUUUUGGGAAAGCCUAAGCUACCUCGGACAGCCUUCAAUAUCUUCAUGGCUGAAAACUUUGAUGACGCCAAAGGUGCAACUUCACAGGCCAAACUGAAAAACCUACAGGAUGAGUGGCAUCGAUUGUCUGACACGCAGAAGCAGAUGUACACACAACUGGCCGAGGAUGACAAAAUCCGUUACCAGAAUGAAAUCAAGAUCUGGGAGGAGCAAAUGAUUGAGUCAGGACACGCAGAUGUUAUCCGUGUGAAACAGAAGCGAAGAGCUCAAAGGUUGCUGCGGACGAAACCAAAACCAAAACCGAAACCAAAUCAAACAGAAUUGAAACCUAUCCCAACAGUAGCCAAAACCUUAAAGCCAACUGCAACUACAAGCACAAUCAAAGCAAUCAGGAGCAAAAAGGAACCUGAAGAAUAAGGCUGUUCUUCAGAGAUUGAAUAUUUUUAUUGACCAUACUGAUGGCCAAUGUUGAACACUGACUUCUGAUUCCUGACAUUUCAGGAAUCUAUGUGGGAGUGUCUCCCUGAAAUGUUUCGUUGCAUCUUUGAAUUUUUCUACUUGCUGAUGAUGGAAAGACAUUUAUUGGCAUCAGAAGCAACAGGCAUAGUAUUCUGGUUAGUUAAUGAAAGGUAAAAGGCCUGUAGUCUAACUUGGCCAAAUGUGAAGAGCCUGUUGUCUACAGUACAAGUGAUGUAAUUUACCAGUCUGUAAAUCAACAAGUAGUGACUGAAAUAAUGAUAAUUAAAUCUAAUCUUGUGACCUACAGAUUGUUGAGUUGGGAACUCUCCUGUGGGCAGGCUAUGUUCUGAAAAUUUUGCAACAUUUUUUUCUUGUAAAUUGAAAUAAUGAAUCCAUGUAUCAACUAUCAAUGAGGGAUUUUUUCAAACGAUGGUCUGUAAAUAAAAACUCAAAUUUGCAUAUUA